AUGAAUUGGAAUAAAGGUGGACCUGGCACUAAGAGAGGCUUUGGUUUUGGUGGAUUUGCCAUAACACCCGGAAAGAAAGAGGAGCCUAAGCUCUCUCAGCAGUCCCAUAGUGCUUUUGGAACAGCCGGUUCUUCUGCUGCGUUUGCAAAAUCAGGGCCUCCUCAGCUGCCUUCUUUCUACAAAAUUGGGUCAAAGCGAGCAAAUUUCGAUGAAGAGAAUGCGUACUUUGAGGAUGAAGAGGAAGACUCCAGCAAUGUCGAAUUGCCGUACAUUCCCGCAGAGAAUUCCCCGACUCGCCAGCAGUUUCAUUCCAAAUCAGCAGACUCGGACAGCGAUGAUGACCCUCUGGAGGCAUUCAUGGCUGAAGUGGAGGAUCAAGCUGCUCGAGAUAUGAAGAGACUUGAAGACAAAGACAAAGAAAAAAAGAAUGUCAAGGGUAUUCGAGAUGACAUUGAAGAGGAAGAUGACCAAGAAGCUUAUUUUCGCUACAUGGCUGAAAACCCCACUGCUGGUGUGGUCCAAGAAGAGGAAGAGGAUAACCUGGAGUAUGAUAGUGAUGGGAAUCCAAUUGCACCGUCCAAAAAAAUCAUUGAUCCUCUUCCACCUAUUGACCAUUCAGAGAUUGAAUAUCCGCCGUUUGAGAAGAAUUUCUAUGAUGAGCACGAGGAGAUCACCAGUCUGACCCCGCAGCAAGUGGUGGAGUUACGUCAUAAGCUGAAUCUCCGGGUCUCUGGUGCUGCUCCUCCAAGACCCGGCAGUAGUUUUGCUCAUUUUGGGUUUGAUGAGCAACUUAUGCAUCAAAUUAGGAAAUCUGAGUAUACCCAGCCCACUCCUAUACAAUGUCAGGGUGUUCCAGUUGCACUGAGUGGCAGAGAUAUGAUUGGGAUAGCUAAGACUGGAAGCGGAAAAACAGCAGCCUUCAUUUGGCCAAUGUUGAUUCACAUCAUGGAUCAAAAGGAGCUUGAACCAGGGGAUGGUCCCAUUGCGGUGAUCGUGUGCCCAACCAGGGAGCUCUGCCAACAGAUCCAUUCUGAAUGUAAGCGCUUUGGUAAGGCAUACAACCUGCGCUCUGUAGCUGUGUAUGGAGGAGGAAGCAUGUGGGAGCAAGCCAAAGCCCUCCAGGAAGGGGCAGAGAUAGUUGUCUGCACACCAGGUCGUUUAAUUGAUCAUGUGAAAAAGAAAGCUACAAAUCUUCAAAGAGUCACUUACCUUGUGUUUGAUGAAGCUGACAGAAUGUUUGACAUGGGUUUUGAAUAUCAGGUCAGAUCAAUCGCAAGCCACGUACGUCCCGACAGACAGACCCUCUUGUUCAGUGCCACUUUCCGCAAGAAGAUUGAGAAGUUGGCCCGAGAUAUUCUGAUCGACCCGAUCCGAGUUGUGCAGGGAGACAUUGGAGAGGCAAAUGAAGAUGUUACUCAAAUCGUGGAGAUUUUCCCCUCUGGCCCUAGCAAAUGGAACUGGCUGACUCGACGCCUCGUGGAGUUCACAUCUUCUGGGAGCGUUCUCCUAUUUGUCACCAAGAAGGCAAAUGCAGAAGAGCUGGCCAAUAACCUUAAGCAGGAGGAUCAUAAUCUAGGGCUGCUUCAUGGUGACAUGGACCAGAGUGAGAGGAAUAAAGUCAUUUCAGAAUUUAAGAAAAAGGGGAUCCCGAUACUGGUUGCUACUGAUGUAGCAGCUCGUGGCUUGGAUAUCCCUUCCAUUAAGACCGUCAUCAACUACGACGUGGCUCGGGACAUAGACACGCACACCCACAGGAUCGGCCGUACUGGCAGAGCGGGCGAGAAGGGAGUUGCCUACACGCUGCUGACUCCCAAAGACAGUAACUUUGCUGGUGAUCUUGUCAGAAACCUAGAAGGUGCUAAUCAGCAUGUUUCUAAAGAGCUGUUGGACCUAGCGAUGCAGAACCCGUGGUUCCGGAAGUCACGUUUCAAAGGAGGAAAAGGCAAGAAGCUGAAUAUUGGUGGUGGUGGCUUAGGGUACCGUGAACGUCCUGGUCUGGGGUCAGAAAAUUCUGACCGUGGAAACAACAACAAUGUGAUGAGCAACUACGAGGCGUACAAGCCAUCCACUGGGGCGAUGGGAGACAGGCUGACGGCGAUGAAAGCAGCUUUUCAGUCCCAGUAUAAGAGCCACUUUGUUGCCGCGAGCUUAAAUAAUCAAAAGACUGGUAGUGCUGCCGCUGGUGCUAGUGGCUGGACCAGUGCUGGGAGCUUAAACUCUGUCCCGACGAGUUCAGCACAGCAAAACGCUGCAAAUCCUGACAGCCCGAUCGCAGCCACCGCGGCAGCAAAGGGCGUUCCAGGGUUUACCAGCACGGGGAAUCUGAGCAGCGUUCCCACCUUUCCAAGUGUCGGAGUACAGGGCUUCAACAACACCAAUGUCAGCACCAACAGUCGAGAAGGCAUCGGCAGCAGCUCCAGCGUCGCUACUGGUGGCGGCGGCGGCGGCGGUGGUGGGAAUAUCGGCAGCGUUGUCAGGGAACGAUACAACGACAACCGGAACAGUCGCCACAGCGAGGUCCUGCGCCGCGGAGAGGGGGGUGGUGGUCGCUACAACGACGUGCAGCGCCACGGAGAAGGAGGCAGUCGCCACAAUGACGCGUACCGACACGGAGAGGGCCGACACGGCGACAGCCACCGCCACGGGGAGAGCCGGCACGCGGCUGAUGCGGGCAGCGGCACUCGCAAUAACGGUGAGAGCAGGAACAGCAGCGAAGGCCGGAAGGGAGAGAGGAGUGGUGAGAACAGGAAGGACGCCAGCACCCGAGACAACAAGACAGAUGGUUUUGCUGUCCCAGAGCCCCCAAAACGCAAGAAGAGCCGGUGGGACAGUUAAAAGCUGGCGUUUCACAGCCUGGAAUCUCUGCAGGUAGCGUUGUCUUUGUCCGGAGGAUUUCUUGGGGUUUUUGGUAACUGGUUGUUGAGCAGCUGGGGGAGGAGAAGGAAACCACACAAACUCCCCGUGCGAGUCUGGACCGGUACAUGUGUGGACAGAUUCACUCUAAUGAUGUGUACACAAAAUGCUUAGUCAAAGAGAAAUCAUUUUGAUAAAGCUCCCUGGGUUCUGCUUUUAACCAUUCAGUGCUCAAGUGACUCUCUGCUGGGUUUAAACAGAUCUUCUUGACGAGAAAGAAGCUGUUUCAAGUCCUUGGAACGUUAAGAAACUGUUGUCCCUAAGAGUAUAAAGCAGUCUUUUCUUAACCAGCGUUCACAUUUAAAAAAAACAGUCCAUCUAGAGAUGCUCAGGACCCACCUGUUAAACAUUAACCUUUCAGCAAUUUGUUCAGUUUGGUGAGUUCUUCCCCAGUCUCUUCUUUUUACAUAUUCUCUUAUCCCCAAAUAAUUUGGCCUCCAGGUUGCCCCUUUUCUCUCUCCC